UUUGAGGCUAACGCUAAUAUAACUGCUUCCAGAGCUUUAUUACAGCGAAGCUUGCGUUUAAAUCCUGGUUCUAUUCAACUGUGGCAUGAGUAUUUUAAACUUGAACUUGUAUAUAUUGAAAAAAUCAAAGCUCGACGGAGGAUUUUAGGAAUAUCUUCAGAGCCAUCAAGUUUAGAGAAUUCAAAUACUGGAGACGUGAUAUUAAUUUCAGAGCUUGUAGAAGAGAAUAAAUUUAAUGAAGACGACAAUAAAAUGUUAUGCGGAGAAAUUGUUAGAGCUGUGUAUUUGAAUGCCAUUAAUGCUAUCCCAGACAAUUUAGCAUUUCGUCAACAAUUUGUCAAUAUUUGUUACGAAUUCUCUGAUACGCAAAUAAUUCAAGAUACCAUUUACGAAAGUAUUCGUAAAGAUUUUGGCAAAAAUGCAAAAGCCAGAGCUUACAUUGCAGAAAGACAUUUAUUCUCUAUGCUAGAUGUAGAAAAACCCGAAUUCGAAGUGGCUGUUAAAAAUAGUGUCAACGAAUUUCAACAGAGCGUUGAGGAGUUGGCUGAUAAAGAAAUGUGGUACCUAUUUACCAAAUUUCUUAAUAAAUAUUUGCAUAAAAUUACGGAUAAAAAUUUGAAUUACUAUUUUGUAAAACUAUUGUCUCAAGCAUAUGAGACUGCUGCUUCUUUAAAUCUCGUUUCAGAAAAAAUGUAUGUCGAAUGGAUCGAAUGGUUCCUAGAAAGUCACGAUUCCAAUUCCAAAAAUGCGCUUGAGAUUGCAAAACAAGCUACCGAUAUUUAUCCUCAAAGUUCAGAACUUUGGAUAAAAAGAAUUGGCGUUGUAAUGUCCUUAGAAGAACUUCAAGUAAACGAAUUAUAUGGAUUAGCAUUGAAAAAGAAUCCUGCAUCAGUGGUGUUGUGGGAUUCUUAUAUAUCCUGGAAUUUAUCAAAGUGGAAGGAUGGUGGCUUGGAAGAUCAUGAACUGGAAAAAGCGUUCACGGCAUCGGUUUCUAAGGUCGCAUCAUUAUCGUUAAGUUUGAUAACUACUGACGAACAUCAUCCGAAGAAAGCGAAAAAUAAAGUUGUCGACCGAUACUUAACAUGGGCUGAUGAGGUUGGAGGGCUGAAAAAGACGCGUCAAGUUUAUAAAAGUCUUUUAAGUAAGAUCCUACCGACUCUUGAGUUUUAUCAAACAUGCAUCCAAAUAGAAGAAAAGCAUAUAACUUCACCCAUGACACCAGACGCGAAAACCCAUUUAGAAUGGUUAUAUGAUCGAGCUUGUCAAUUUGACAAUGCACCAUGUGGUUUGUAG